UGACUUGGCGGCGCAGCGCGGCUGGAGCUGCGGGCUCGGGGAUGGGAAACGGCACAUCCUCGUCCGUAGGGAAGUCAGCAUCUACGCCUGUGAACCAGAUCCAAGAAACAAUUUCUAACAAUUGUGUGGUGAUUUUCUCAAAAACAUCCUGUUCUUACUGUUCAAUGGCCAAAAAGAUUUUCUGCGACAUGAAUGUCAACUAUAAAGCUGUAGAAUUGGAUAUGCUGGAAUAUGGUAGCCAGUUUCAAGAUGCCCUUCAUAAGAUGACCGGAGAAAGAACUGUUCCAAGAAUAUUUGUCAACGGAACAUUUAUCGGAGGUGCAAUGGACACUCACAGGCUUCACAAAGAAGGGAAAAUGCUGCCACUGGUUCAUCAAUGUAAUUUUAAAAAAAGCAAGAGGAAAGAAGUUGAAUGAUGUGGCCGCUGUAACCAGUAAAAUGUUAGUUAAUGCAAUCCCACACUUUGUUUGAGGAUGUUUUAAGUGUGUG